CGGGAAGCGCCCGGGGGCAGUGGAGCUCAUGUCGGCCUUGAGGCGCUCGGGCUACGGCCCCAGUGACGGUCCGUCUUAUGGGCGCUACUACGGGCCUGGGGGUGGAGAUGUGCCCGUGCACCCACCUCCGCCCAUAUAUCCUCCCCGCCCCGAACCUCCCCAGCCUCCCAUAUCCUGGCGAGUGCGCGGAGGCGGCCCGGCUGAGACCACCUGGCCGGGAGAAGGCGGAGGAGGCGAUGGCUACUAUUCCUCUGGAGGCGCUUGGUCCGAGCCGGGUCGGGCUGGAGGAGGCCACCAGGAGCAGCCACCAUAUCCUAGCUACAAUUCCAACUAUUGGAAUUCUCCUGCCCGACCUCGGGCUCCUUACUCAAGUACAUAUCCUGUAAGACCGGAAAUGCAAGGCCAGAGUUUGAAUUCUUAUACAAAUGGAGCAUAUGGCCCACCAUACCCCACUGGCCCUGGGACAAAUACUGCCUCAUACCCAGGGGCUUAUUACACAUCCGGGUAUGCUCAGACCAGUUACUCCACAGAGGUUCCAAGCACUUACCGUUCACCUGGCAACAGCCCAACCCCAGUCUCUCGUUGGAUGUAUCCCCAGCAGGACUGCCAGGCUGAAGCAGCCCCUCUUAGGGGGCAGGUUCCAGGAUAUCCUGCUUCACAGAACCCUGGAAUGAGCGUGCCCCAUUAUCCUUAUGGGGAUGGUAGCCGUAGUGUUCCACAGCCAGGACCACCUGUAAGGUCCCAGGAGGACUGCUGGGCUCCUCCGGGUGCUUAUGGCAUGGGAGCCCGUUACCCCUGGCCUUCAGCUGCCCCCUCAGCACCGCCUGCGAGUCUCUACGUGAGCGAGAGUGCUUCAUCAUCGUGGCCCAGCAGUGGCUCUCCUCGGCCACCUCCUUCCCCCCCAGCCCCACAGCCCAAGGAUUCCUCCUACCCCUAUAGCCAAUCAGACCAAGGCAUGAACCGGCACAGCUUUCCUUGCAGUGUCCAUCAGUACGAGUCCUCGGGCACAGUGAACAGUGGUAAUUCAGAGCUCUCGGAUUCCCAAGUCCAGUAUAGUGCUGAGCCUCAGCUGUAUGGUACUGCCGCCAACGAGCAUCCCAGCAAUCAAGAUCAGAGUAAUAAUCUUCCUGAAGAGUGUUCAUCUUCAGAUGAAGGGACUCCCCCAAGUAUUAAAAAAAUCAUACAGGUGCUGGAGAAGGUCCAGUAUCUUGAGCAAGAAGUAGAAGAGUUCGUAGGAAAAAAGACAGACAAAGCAUACUGGCUUUUGGAAGAAAUGCUAACCAAGGAACUUUUGGAACUGGAUUCAGUUGAAACUGGGGGCCAGGACUCUGUCCGGCAGGCCAGGAAAGAGGCUGUUUGUAAAAUCCAGGCCAUACUGGAAAAAUUGGAAAAAAAAGGACUCUGAAGGGAUUUAGAACAAAGGGGAAGCCUGUUACUAACUUGACCAAAGAACUCUUGAUUUUGGUUAAUUACCCUCUUUUUGAAAUGCCUGUUGAGGAGAAGAAGCAAUACAUUCCAACUUUCCUUUGAUAUAAAACUUGAAAAUCUGGUAAAGGACUUGGAAGAACAGUUGGGUUAUGAGUUGUUCUCAGUUUUCAGACCAAUGAAUGUAAUAGGAAGCUAUGGAGUUAAUCAGUAUUGCCAAGUAGACUCACCCCUAAGAAAUUUAUGGGUAUCUGCAAGCUGCUUCUUAUCAGCAGGAGGGAAAUCCACCUUAUGUAACAGGCUUAUCAGAAACCUACCGGAUAAGACUGGAUGUUGUCUGGGACAAACAGGCUCCGUUUUUUUAAACAUCUGGAUUACUUGUCACAUUUUUGUACAUCGUGACUGCUUUCACCGUACACUUUGUGUGUAAAUUAUAGCUUGGACUUUAGCCGUCUUGGACCUCUGUUUCGUUUUGUUACUUAUAGUUCACAAAUAUAGUGUUAUUCUCUACUUCUUGGUACAUUUUGUAGUAAUAUGUUUAAUAUAAUUACUCAAGAGACUGUACUGACAGCCAGAUAGUAUGGCAGUUCUGGAUGAAUUUAUAUCUUUUCACCACUUGACUAUAUUGCACUGUGUAGUGAGCUCCUGAGGUAGAUUGUCUCCUUUUUUGUAUAGAUCAUUAGGUUAGAGUUUUACCACUUCUAUUUUUCAUGUUACUAUUGGAAGGUUAAUUUGGAAAUGGCGUGGGUAUGGGACUGAACAUGGGGCUAUUUCCUUUUUUGCUGUCUUAAUCGUACUUGGAUGAAGAUCCACUUAAAAAUUUCCGUUCUUCCCCCUUAAUUAUCUUUUUACUACAACUGCUUCCAUAUGGAGCAGUGUGAUGAACACA